CCUUAGGGAAGGGACACAAAUCACUCCCGUUUUAACAAGGGGAGCAGCUCGGGAUCUCCAGCCACAAGGGUCCACCUCCUCUUCUUGAUUUCUCAUUCAUUUGAUUUUAGGAGAAAGAUCUUGGGUGGAAAAAAGACUGUAGAAGAAAAAGAAGAAGAAGAAGAAGAAGAACAACAACAACAACAAAAAAAACUUGUCAGUGGAUGAUGACACUUGAUCUUGCCCUGACUGAAAGGUUUCGUUGAUCCUAUUGUUUCUUAAAUUCAGAUCAGAGCUGAUUUUUUUUUUUUUUUCAACCAAGCCUCCUUCUUUAUACAAAAGGGACAUCGCAAGCCUCCAGUGAGGUUCUCUUCGUUUGCGGUUUACUUCUCUUCUUCUCAUUUUGUGGUGUUCCUGCGUCGCACAGCCGAACCUGGAUUCUGACAGCUCGUGUUUCCUCUCAUACUUUGCAUUCCCUUUUACCUGUGUUUUUGAAAGAAUAACAAGUGACUCGACUCAGAGAGCGCCGUCCGCGCUCGGUUGAUCGUUCACCGACUAUCUGAAGCGACGGGGCCGGGCGGGAAGGAGGAGAACAUCAGACAGAAAGAGUGACAGGAGGGAAAAAAGAGGCUGUUUUCAUGUUUGGGAUUCAGGAGAGCAUCCAAAGGAGUGGAAGUAGUAUGAAAGAAGAGCCCAUCGGAUCCGGGAUGAACGCAGUUCGGACGUGGAUGCAGGGAGCCGGGGUGCUGGAUGCAAACACGGCCGCUCAGAGUGGAGUGGGUCUGGCCCGCGCGCACUUCGAGAAGCAGCCGCCGUCCAACCUGCGCAAGUCCAACUUCUUCCACUUCGUGCUGGCGCUGUACGACCGGCAGGGACAGCCCGUGGAGAUCGAGAGGACCUCUUUCGUUGGCUUCGUGGAGAAGGAAAGGGAGUCGAACGGCGAGAAGACCAACAAUGGCAUACAUUACAGACUGCAACUCCUGUACAGCAACGGUAUCAGAACAGAACAAGACUUUUAUGUGCGUCUCAUCGACUCCAUGACCAAACAGGCUAUUAUUUAUGAAGGCCAAGAUAAAAACCCUGAGAUGUGCCGAGUGUUACUGACGCACGAAAUCAUGUGCAGCCGCUGCUGUGACAAGAAAAGCUGCGGCAACCGUAACGAGACGCCCUCUGACCCCGUCAUCAUCGACAGGUUCUUCCUGAAGUUCUUCCUCAAGUGUAACCAGAACUGUCUGAAGAACGCGGGGAACCCCAGAGACAUGCGCCGCUUCCAGGUGGUGGUGUCCACAACGGUGAACGUGGACGGCCACGUGCUGGCUGUGUCCGACAACAUGUUUGUGCACAACAACUCCAAGCAUGGCCGAAGGGCGCGCAGGCUUGACCCAUCCGAAGGAACGCCGUCCUACCUGGACCACGCAGCCACACCCUGCAUCAAAGCCAUCAGCCCCAGCGAAGGGUGGACAACAGGGGGCGCCACAGUCAUCAUCAUCGGGGACAACUUCUUCGACGGAUUGCAGGUCAUCUUCGGCACCAUGCUGGUCUGGAGCGAGCUGAUUACACCUCACGCCAUUCGCGUACAGACUCCUCCGCGGCACAUUCCCGGUGUGGUGGAGGUCACCCUCUCCUACAAGUCUAAGCAGUUCUGUAAGGGCACUCCUGGGAGGUUCAUCUACACAGCGCUGAACGAGCCCACCAUCGACUACGGCUUUCAGCGGCUACAGAAGGUCAUCCCUCGACACCCAGGUGACCCAGAGCGCUUGCCAAAGGAAGUCAUUCUGAAGAGGGCGGCGGACCUUGUGGAGGCACUUUACGGCAUGCCGCACAACAACCAGGAGAUCAUCCUGAAACGGGCGGCGGAUAUUGCCGAGGCCCUCUACAACGUGCCCCGGAACCACAACCAGCUGCCCGGACUGGCGAACAGCUCCGUCCACGCUGGCAUGAUGGGGGUCAACUCCUUCCCCGGCCAGCUGGCCGUCAACGUGUCCGAGUCCACGCAGGCCGCCAAUCAAGGUUUCAGUCGGAACACAAGCAGCGUGUCCCCCCACGGCUACGCGCCCAGCUCCACGCCCCAGCAGACCAGCUACAGCUCCGUGACCACCAGCAUGAACGGCUACGGCAACACGGCCAUGUCCACCCUGGGCGGCUCGCCCAACUUCCUCAACGGCUCGGCAGCCAACUCGCCCUAUGCCAUCGUUCCCUCCAGCCCCACCAUGGCGUCCUCCACCAGCCUGCCCUCCAACUGCAGCAGCUCCUCGGGCAUCUUCUCCUUCUCGCCUGCCAACAUGGUGUCCGCUGUCAAGCAGAAGAGCGCCUUCGCCCCCGUGGUGCGGCCGCAGGCCUCCCCGCCGCCCACCUGCACCAGCGCCAAUGGCAAUGGCCUGCAAGCGAUUCCUGGAAUGAUUGUUCCUCCCAUGUAGAAGAUUUGUGAAUGAAAGCGAGGACACGUUUGACAACGUUGAUUCCAGCUCUCAAACUCCACAUUCGGACUGAAUGCGACUCUAGAUAAGAAAUGGAAACUAUAACUCAGGCCUUUAUAAAUGAAUCAUAUUUGGAAAAAUAGAGGGGAAAAAAGAACUGCUGCAACAUCUUUUCUUUUUAAAUUUGUAAACCUGUGAAGAAGGAAGGCAAGGCCACAAAUGGUUCUGUCUGAAGUUGACAGAAAGGAAUGCUAUUUAUUUCUGAUUAUCAGAUUCUGAAGAUUUCUGCUUUUCCUUUUUGCUGUCUUGUAUGGUUUUUUUGUUUAAACAUACAAGUUAAUGACUAUUUUUUAAAAAUUGUAAUAUACACAAGGGACACUAUACGAGUGUAUUUAUUUAUUAAGUUCUAUCAAGCAAUCCACAUGAAAUUAAUAAGGCAUACAGCUUAGUGAUUGUAGCAGGGGAAACUGAGAGGGACAUUUACAGAAUAGGGUUGUCACAAAGCAUAACUGACCUGGUAGUGCAGAUGAAGGUGUCAGAAACCUCUUGAGCAUCCACGCCGGGUGAGAAGAAAGGAAGAAAUCGGUUUACUGUUACUUUUAAAAUUGGCUUUCCGUGUGUAAAAACAUUUCAGAUGAGGUGAAGUCCAAGAGGACUGACAAUACACAGAGAGAAGCCAAGUAAUGCAUAGAAGUCUGUACACUAGCUCAAGGUGAUUUUGUGCACAUUAUAUUUUGUCAGCACUUUUCCGUGAUAUAAAAAAAAGAAAAAAUAUCCAGGUGCCACAAGCAGUUUUUUAUUUUUUUUUCUAACUGUCCAGAAAGUAUAGUCAAACACUGUUGGUCAAACAAUUUUGAACCUGUACCCGCAAUGUAACUAACCACACCGGGGCCGGGUGGGGCGGGCCGUCAUGCCUGCUCCGUAAUCGUGCCCCGGGAGGCAACGAUUUAUCAGUCGGUGCAGCGGUCCCUGACCACUGAGCUGUCGUCCUGCUUCUCUCUGUGUGUAUCCAGACCUUGGAGGGCCCAGCGCAAGUUCUCUAAGCACAUACCGAGCCCUUGACAUCGAGCUUUUGCUGCUAUUCAUAGUGUCAGACACAAUCAACUGGUCAUCGUCAUUGUACUUUUUACUUUAGAAAUGAAGGCUUUUAUAUUUGUUGCAGUCCCACAGAGGAGCUCUAUGACAACAGGACACUACUUAUGGGAGAUUCUGUUCUUUUUCGUUCUGUAACAAGAGUGCGAUCCUUGGAGUUGGCCUUCGCUUUUGAGUUCCUUGCCUCCUAACAAGAACAGAUGUUGGGGAAGUGAAACGAGAGAAGCCUGGGGACGCCUGUAAGAGCAAACUAAAGGAAAAGACAUUUUUUCGGUGAUCAUGAAGGAGAGGUAUCUAAUAACAAGAGGUCUUUAGAGACUUUUAGCCAGCACUGUAAUAAUCUGCUCUACGAAAGUGUCAAAGACCCGGCAAAUAUAAGUCAAAUCAUUUAAAAUGUUUCUGUUCUAUAAUUUUUUUUGUAUAUAGA